UGGACCUGAACCUGAACCUGGACCUGGACCUGAACCUGGAUCUGGACCCAGCUGUGUGUCCAUGAAGAGUGACCGGUCCAUGUAUGAACCUUUAAAUUUUAAACCUGGACAACCUGCUGAUGGAAGGAUCCAGCAGCAGAGACCAGACUCUCCUGGACCUGAACCCAGCUGUGUGUCCUUUAAGAGCAACCAGUUGAAGGAGAAUUUCCUUGAUUUUAAAGGAGUACAUCCAUCUGCUGAUCAGAUAGUGGACCAGGAGAGCACAGAGGUUCCCAGUGGUCAGGCUGCCCAGCAGCAUCAAACACACCUGGACUCCAUAUUUAUGAAGAUGCAGAAAGUUCUGAGUUCAGAUUAUCCAGAAUGCCUAGAGAGUCAGAGGGAGGAUGAGGAGGUUUUGGACGAUGAAGAGGAAGAGCAGAGGAGGAGAAGCAGAGAGGCAUUUCAGAAGAUCACACUGCACUUCCUGAGGAGAAUGAAGCAGGAGGAGCUGGCUGACCGUCUGCAGAACAAAUCUCCUGCCAUGUUUAAUCAUAAACUCAAGUCUAACCUGAAGAAGAAGUUUCAGUGUGUGUUUGAGGGGAUUGCUAAAGCAGGAAAUCCAACCCUUCUGAAUCAGAUCUACACAGAGCUCUACAUCACAGAGGGAGGGACUGCAGAGGUCAAUGAUGAACAUGAAGUCAGACAGAUUGAAACAGCAUCCUGGAAAACAGACAGACCAGAAACAACAAUCAGACAUGAAGACCUCUUUGAAGUCUCACCUGGAAGAGAUGAACCAAUCAGAACAGUGAUGACAAAGGGAGUGGCUGGCAUUGGGAAAACAGUCUUAACACAGAAGUUCACUCUUGACUGGGCUGAAGACAAAGCCAACCAGGAAAUACACUUCACAUUUCCAUUCACUUUCAGAGAGCUGAAUAUGCUGAAAGAGAAAAAGUACAGCUUGGUGGAACUUGUUCAUCACUUCUUUACUGAAACCAAAGAAGCAGGAAUCUGCAGGUUUGAAGAGUUCCAGGUUGUGUUCAUCUUUGACGGUCUGGACGAAUGUCGACUUCCUCUGGACUUCCACAACAAUGAGAUCCUGACUGAUGUUACAGAGUCCACCUCAGUGGAUGUGCUGCUGACAAACCUCAUCAGGGGGAAACUGCUUCCCUCUGCUCGCCUGUGGAUAACCACAAGACCUGCAGCAGCCAAUCAGAUCCCUCCUGAGUGUGUCAGCAUGGUGACAGAGAUCAGAGGGUUCACUGACCCACAGAAGGAGGAGUACUUCAGGAAGAGAUUUAGAGAUGAGGAGCAAGCCAGCACCAUCAUCUCCCACAUCAAGACAUCACAAAGUCUUCACAUCAUGUGCCACAUGCCAGUCUUCUGCUGGAUCACUGCUACAGUUCUGGAGGAUGCUUUGAAAAGCAGAGAGGGAGGAGAGCUGCCCACGACUCUGACUGAGAUGUACAUCCACUUCCUGGUGGUUCAGUCCAAACUGAAGAAGGUCAAGUAUGAUGGAGGAGCUGAGACAGAUCCACACUGGAGUCCAGAGAGCAGGAAGAUGAUUGAGUCUCUGGGAAAACUGGCUUUUGAGCAGCUACAGAAAGGCAACCUGAUCUUCUAUGAAUCAGACCUGACAGAGUGUGGCAUCGAUAUCAGAGCAGCCUCAGUGUACUCAGGAGUGUUCACAGAGGUCUUUAGAAGGGAGAGAGGGUUAUACCAGGACAAGGUGUUCUGCUUUGUCCAUCUGAGCGUUCAGGAGUUUCUGGCUGCUCUUCAUGUCCAUCUGACAUUCUUCAACUCUGGAGUCAAACUGCUGGCAGAAGAACAAACAACAUCCUGGUGGUCUGAAGGGUUCAGAGGCAAAUCAACACAUUUCUACCAGAGUGCUGUGUACGAGGCCUUACAGAGUCCAAAUGGACACCUGGAUUUGUUUCUUCGCUUCCUCCUGGGUCUUUCACUGCAGACCAAUCAGACUCUCCUCCGAGGUCUGCUGACACAGACAGGAAGUAACUCACAGACCAAUCAGGAAACAAUCGAGUACAUCAAGAUGAAAAUCAGUGAGAAUAUGUCUACAGAGAGAAGCAUCAAUCUGUUCCACUGUCUGAAUGAACUGAAUGAUCAUUCUCUAGUGGAGGAGAUCCAACAGCAUCUGAACUCAGGAAGUCUCUCCACAGAUAAACUGUCUCCUGCUCAGUGGUCAGCUUUGGUCUUCAUCUUACUGUCAUCAGAAAAACAUCUGGAUGUGUUUGACCUGAAGAAAUACUCUGCUUCAGAGGAGACUCUUCUGAGGCUGCUGCCAGUGGUCAAAUCCUCCAACAUAGCUCUACUGAAUGGCUGUAGCCUCUCAGAGAGAAGCUGUGCAGCUCUGUCCUCAGUUCUCAGCUCCCAGUCCUGUAGUCUGAGAGAGCUUGACCUGACUAACAACAACCUGCGGGAUUCAGGAGUGAAGCUGUUAUCUGCUGGACUGGAGAGUCCACACUGUACACUCAAAACUCUCAGGUCAGGAUUCAUCAACCUGCUCAACUGAUGACCAUUUAAAUUGUGAUUUAUAUGAGUACAUAAACACGUGGACUUUUCUCUAUUGA